AUGAAAUUUAUUUUAUUCUUUGAAAAUAAACUUUUAAUUGUUAAAGUGAACAAACCUUCAACUGAUGAGCCUAAUACAGAAAAUCGUCCCGUUCCCACUGAGGCCAGCUCUGAUGGGGAACAAAAGGAGCCUGAACUUCAAAUUUCCACUGAUCAGGACCCUGAAGGUGAAGGUGAACAGUCAGAGGAGCAAGAAAUAAAAGAGGGUGACGGGAAACAGAUAGGACAACAGUAA